CCCGUGCCGGAGCCAGGGCUUGCCUGUGUCUGAGCGAGGGCAGCAGCAGCAGCAGCGGCACGAGCGCGUGUGGGAGCCUCUCGCGCGGAGCGCAGCGGGCGCUGCCAGCGGGGGAAGGAAGGUUCCUUUGUGGCAGCUCAGGGGCAGAGCCGCCCAGAGGGGCGAGAUAACUUAAGUGACGACACUGAACUCAAAGAUCCGUAUCUUAUUCCAAAAAAUAUCAUGGCUGAACCAGACUACAUAGAUGAAGACAACCCUGAAUUAAUUAGACCUCAGAAACUAAUCAAUCCUGUGAAAUCAUCCCGGAAUCAUCAGGACCUUCACAGGGAGCUUCUUAUGAACCAGAAAAGAGGUCUUGCACCUCAGAAUAAACCAGAGCUGCAAAAGGUGAUGGAGAAAAGAAAACGAGAUCAAGUUAUUAAACAACAAAAGGAAGAGGAAGCACAAAAGAAAAAAUCGGACCUGGAAAUCGAAUUAAUGAAACGACAGCAGAAGCUGGAGCAGCUGGAACUCGAAAAACAAAAGCUCCAGGAGGAGCAGGAGAAUGCACCUGAAUUUGUGAAAGUCAAAGGCAACUUAAGGAGGACAGCCCAAGAAUCGGCAGAAGCACCAGACUCCUAGAGGAAGUACAUGCUAAGACUUUCAACAUUCCAUUCCAGCUGCAGAGAAAGGCUUCUGAAAGUUGUCUCACCCAUUUGCCCUGGAAAGGGAAGAUACACGACAUCCAGGGAUGUUUACUGAAGAUGGGUUUUGAAUUCCUGGAACCUGUGUGGAUUAGAAGUCUGCAACAUAAACAGAUCAUAUGCACCAAACACAAUACUGAAACCAGUGGAUACACAGCCUGUUUUCAGUUCAGGAUUAUGGACAUGUCUGAAGUGCUUACUAAGAGACUUAAACCAGGGACACAAGAGAAACUCCUUGAGUGUUGCACUGCUUGGGUUCUUCUGAUCCCAGUUGAGUGGAGACAUCAGGCUUAUAUUUUGCUUUAAAAAAAAAAAUCUCUGGUCAUAUUUUAUGGAACGAUGCUGUGCAGGGUCAUUCUCAUUUUCUGUCCCUUCAGUCUGUAUAAACUCUGUUUUGAAAAUGUGGUUUCCUGCACUUAAUUUUGAUAAGGGUUAAAUGUAGAGUGAAAGUGGCAUGAGCUGGUCCUUGCUGGCCAUUUCAUAGGCUGUUACCACUAGGAAAUAUUUUGCAGAGAAAUAGGAAUGUUUGAAAUUCAGGGGCACUGUGAACAGCUAAAAAAAAGUUUUCUGUGACUAAAUUCUGUGGUGUACAUAGAAUUUGGCUCUUCAGAGUGCAAAAAUAGUAAUAUUUUCUCACCUGGGCAAAAAUCAGAGACUGAUUUCUCCUCUCUCCUUGAAUGCUUCCUUUCUCCCAACUCCCACUCCAGUAGAGCAAUUGCACUGUACAAGACCAUGUAGCUCCACUGGUGUAUCUUUCGCUGAUAACUCCUGCUGGGAAAAGACCCACCCUCUAGUUUUGAUUCCUUAAGGACUGUUUGGUCUGCUGGCAUAGUCUUUCUCCUCUGGGACCUACAGAUCUCAACUUAGUGUUAACAGAUCAGUAGCAUUAAACUCAGAGUAUUGACUACAGGCAUUUGAAAUAAGGGCCUGAUUCUGUCUUUGCUCAGAGCAGCUUGAAGACAAUGGGAAUUCUGUGCACAGAUCAGCUACAGAAUGGUCUCAUUUAAAUCUCAAACUCCCCUCCAAGGCUGUUGAAAUGAGAAACUUUUCCCACUGUUAGAUAAGCUCUAAUGUGUUUCCUGAGACAAGAGGAAAGAUGGGUUAAGGGAACCAAGUUCUUACUCCGUUGUAGGGCCAUAUUUUAUCCCUUACUGUAGUCUCAUUUACGUGCCGCCGAGUAAAAUGGUACUUGGUCAGGGUGACAGAAUUUGGCCCCCAGUGCUUAUGACUACUGCUUUUCCCCUGUCAGGAAACCCUGGAGUUAGGGAGGAGACUGUUCAUGGAAUCCCAGUGCCUCUGAUGGGGUACAUGUGCAUCUCCUUCCUGGGAGUGGUGCAUAUCCACACCUGCCUGUCGUCUUUGUUCUAGAGUGCUAAACAGAAAUAAGUGUUCCUUUGUAAUUACAGCUGUGCUAAUUGCUUGAGAAUCUUUUCUCUUUGCAUCAGCAUUGUAUGUGUGUGUAUCUGCAAGAUACUAUUUUUCUCUCUUGUUUUUCCCUGGGUACUGGAAAUGUAAAUACAAUUCCAGUAUUGGACCUGGGACAUAGCGUUCACAAUUAGCAGUGUUUCUUCAAGGUGUCAGGGUCAAGCUCUUUUUUUUUUUUAAGACACAAUUAGAUGAGAAGUAAAUUAAGUUUUGAGAAGCGUCAUUAUCAUUAAUUUAGAUUGCCAGUGCCGUUCAUGUGGAGGAGAUUAAAGGUUACAAGUGAUUUUCAGAUCUGUUCAGUCUGUGGUCAUGGAAAAUGGAGGGCACCACAUUUUGUAAAUUCUACCAUAUUGUAUUCUGAGGAAACAUAAGUGUAACUAAAGCAGUUUUUUCCCGGCUGUCUUGUUUUCCAAGAAGGUCUUCCUUUCUAGCAGCCAGUCAUUCAAACACUUUCUGACUGGAUUUGCCUCUUGUCUUCUGUUCAGACAUCCCCAUGCUCCAAUUUUCUAUGCUGCACCCCCCAGCACAAGGGCAGUGGAAAAUCGUCCUUCAGAAAUUGUACCUUGAUGCUUAGCCACUGCUGUUGAUCUUUCUGUCCCACUCUCUGCCUGGUGAUCUCCUUUAGGUCUGCUGGAUUCCAGUUCCACAGAAAGCCUGAAGAGACAGUCUCAUCUUGCCUGACCAGUACAUUUCUUCAGAAGCGGCUCAGCUUCUGCCAUUUCACCUCAACGUACGUGGCCACCCUGCUACUCUAACGCAGACAUAAGAAAAAACAGGGCCUAAUCCAAAGCAUGCUGAAGUCAGUGGAGAAGGCUUCCCAUUGAUCACAGUGGACUUUGGGUCAGGCUCUCUUGGGACUACAGGAUGGAUAUUUUCCACUUCCCAUUUGUCGUGGUGAAACCAGUGUGGUUAAAUGUAGAGGGAUGAUCUGACUAUUAUUUCUAUGUACAACAUCGAGUCAUUUAAAAAAAUUCUUCAUUAUCAGUAGAAUGACUUUAAAAAAAAAUCUUAGAAAUUCUGCUGUACUUUGUCAAGGAACCCAAAUGUCAAUCUCAUAAGGAUUUGGCAGGCAAAACUGGUUUGUUUUUUUUUAAAUCAGGAUCCAACAUUGGUUUAGAUGAUGCAGCCCUUAGGUCAUACUAGAAAUCCCAUUGAGACCAGAGGCUACUUGUGUAAGUAUCUGAUUAUCAAUGUAAGGAAAGGGAUUUAUGUUCUGGCCCUCUGUUACAUGAAAAUGUAAGCAAUCCUCUGUCUUCAUUGAGCUAUCUUCUUGAAUUAAAAGAGGCUCACUUUUACCACUUUCUGCCUGUAAUAGGGCGAGUCAAUUUUUUUUAAACUGUUUGUGUUAGUAUAGUAGUAAAUGUAGAAUAUCUUUCUAGCUCUUAAAGCUGGCUUUAAUCAUCUGUUAAUAUCUGUCCUUGUUUGAGUGUACAUAUAUAAAUAUAUAUAAAUAUAAAAAGGGAGCCUUAAUAGGUGUGUUUUCAUAAUUUAAUAUUUUUUGUAUUUGCUCUUGUAUAAUUGUUUUUAAUGAAAGGUAAUACAAAAAUGAAAGUGGAAUACUUAGAACCAAAGUUAUGCCUAAUAAAAUCUACUACAUGCUUGGAAUAUG